UUCCUUACCUCCAACUAGUGUAUUGCUUACACUUCCAACUCGAAGCACGAAAUUAUUUUUAAUGGCGAUUUCUAUCAAAGAAUUUAUUGAGAAACUGGUAAGCAGCAGUAAGACCAUUAGUAGUUCUUUCCUCGCUUCUUUGGAGGCGACUUGUAUUGCGGAAAACCGUUGGUCGCGAUACUUCAUAAUAUGCGCGGUUUUGCAAGCGAUAUGUGUUUGCACAAUCCAAUAUUUAAUAUUGGAGGCUAACGAUGCCGAUACAAGAUCAAUUGCCGCGUUAAACACGGAAAUUUUAGAACGCAUUAUAAUGUCCAGUAGCGAUGUCGGAAAUAAUUUCACCAAUUUGGAUCCGAUGAAAACUAUCGUGGAACGAGGUGAACGACUAGUUAUUGAAAAUGCGUUCAUUAUAUCGUUUGACGUGUUCUUGUGUAUACUUUGCUUUGAUGUUGUAUAUCAUUGUGAUCAUAUCGAAUUAGUAACUGUACUCCUCAUUAAUUUUUUAAUGGCUGGAUACGCGGUAACCGAAAUCAUCGAAAACAAUAUUUUUAUCUCAAGGGUAAUGUCAGCUGCGGCGGAUUACAAUAUCUACACCCAAAUAGGCUUUAAAACAAGAGAAUAUAGUAUAGCACACGUCUCGAUCUUGGUGUUCUUUGUGUCCGUGUUUACUUAUUUCGGGUACAAACUGUAUAGAGAGUUUGAGUGGCAUGGGUUUCAUCAAACUGGCGCGGAUUCAAAAUUUCAAGUAAUGUAUAGGAACUAUUCGGUGUUUAAUCUGUUGGUUAAAUUGGACUUCUUUUUUGUUUGGGGAUUCGGGAUUUUCUAUACUUAUGAAAGUUACUUGAACUGGGAUAAAUUGGAGGACGCGAAUCCGACUGCGACCACUAUCUACUUAACUGUGUUGGUGGUUCUGUUUCCGAUAAUCGCUACUCUGGGAUUUCUUGCGGUACAAAAAGAAAACAUAUUGCUAAUGUCUAUAUUCUUAGUGUAUUUCUCUGUUGUACCUGUUGUUUUCAUUCUUGGGAUGAUACAGACUCCGAUUAAACCGUGGGCACAGUUCAAUAAUCAGAUUUUCACAUGUGGACUCAUGAUUUUGGCCACAUUCAUAUACGGCAUUCUCGUGUUUCGAGCAUUCAAAAAAGGAUUCGGACAACAAUUGUCAAUGACAAUAAGAAGCUACGCUUCAAGUUCAAUAUCGCGUCGAGAUACACCACGAUUCACAUUCGAAGACGGUUCAGAUGACGAGAAUGGACACGAUCAUCGUCGUGGAAUAGGAGAAAUAGAGAAGACGAGACGUGUUAGACAAAAACGAUCUCGUCGAAUCAAUAAAAUUGAUUUGGAUUUGAGCGGUAGUAUAAAGAAUAAUGUCAACAACAAUAAUGAUAAUAGUAAACGUAUUAAUAGUGUCUUGGACCUAGAAAAAGGAUAUCAACCUAAUAAAAUAGAAAAAAGCCAUGAACCUAUUACAACGAGAAGGACACAAAUUAUUUCUUUAUCAAGAUCACAAACCCCUCUUCGAAGAGAAGAGGAAGACGAAAUAACAUUGACAACACCACAAACUUCUGCUAAUUCGAUACAAGAACAAGGAGAACCACCAAAAAAAGAUAGCUCAGAGACAAUCGUUGAACGCAUGCAAUGGGAAAGGAAACAAGUACCUCUAGUCGAUGUAAAUACAAAAGAAUUCCAAGCAAAUGCAUCGUCAAGCGGUUCACAAGCUCACUCUUCUCGAUCCACUCUUUCUUCAACAGAACAACAACAAAGAAUACAAGAAAUCCAGAAUUUAGACACGAGAUCAUUUAUGCGUUAUCUGCUCGAGGAAAUUCAAGGGGGGUUAGUCAAGGGUGAGCUUAACUCGCAACCAUUAUCCAUUAUCAAUGCUUUGGGAGACAUUACUAAGGCGUUAUCCGAUUCACUUGAACAGGAGAAACAUAAAGUGAAGGAAGUCCCUAUUUCUGGAAUCAACAAUGGCAAUGAAAAUAUUGAUUCAAGAGAAGCAUUCACGCAUCCUAGAACUUAUGAGUUCUCAAAAAGAAAAGUUCGCCAUGCACAUCGAGGACGAUAUUUCAACGUUACCAAAAAAGCAGCUAAAAAACUUUCAGAACGAAUGAAACAAUGGGAAGGAUGCGAAGGGUCACUUCAAUUUUAUGAGUAA